AUGCACGAUGAGAACGUUCCGGUUCAUGAUGAAUCAAUUCAAGAAGAUUCAGAAGAUUCAGAGGAGGAAGAAUUUUCCCCAGAAGAGGUUACAUUCGAGGCCUCUGAGGAUUCCAGGUUCAGUUCCAGAGGCCCUGCUGAUGCGAGGGCUAUAUCUAUCAGUCACGCCCGCCAACUUCAAGAGGCCAAGGAGCAGGAGAAGAAAAAUCAGAGCCAGCCCAAUAAGCAACCCGUCACUCAAAAGAAAACAGCUAAUCCUCCUCGCCACGUCGAUCCCAAACGAUACGGAUAG